AUGGAGACGGCGGAACUCCAAGCAGAAGUUCAGGUCGACGAUAUCAAAAGUUUAUGGGUGUUCGCAUACGGGUCCCUUUGUUGGAGACCAGGGUUCCAGUUCCAUAAGGCCGUCACGGGAUGUGUCAAGGGGUUCCAGAGGAGAUUUUGGCAGGGAAAUGUCACACACCGCGGUACAGUCGACAGACCUGGUCGUGUUGCCACAUUAGUUGAAGACCACCAGGGACUAGUUCCGGGUGUGGCCUUUGCUGUUAGCGGAGAGGCAGCUAUCCCCUACCUUUCCAGAAGGGAAACUGAACUAGGGGGCUAUGCCUCAGAAUUCACCACAUUCUACCCCAAACAGGGCAACUCGUUCAAAGUGUUAGUUUAUCUAGCGAAGUCCUCCAAUGCCCUUUGGAUGGGUGACGAUGAUGCCAAAACGAUAGCUCAACAAGUAGUGAAUUGUAGAGGUGCUAGUGGUCAUAACGUUGAGUAUGUGAUAAGGCUAGCGGAUUUCAUGAGGGACAAUUUUUCAUCCCAUUAUGACGACCAUUUGUUCGAAUUAGAGAAGGAGGUACUAGCGUUGGUCCAUAGUAAAAAAAUGUGUAUGAAGUCAUUGAUGGGAAAUGGAGAUGGUUGCAUUGCCUUCGUCAAAAAGGAAGUUCAGAGGUCUCCAUCAAAUGCACAGGACGGAGAACAAGACAGAGCUGGUACAUGCCAAUUUUCAGAAAGACUCCAAGGAAAGAAACUUCGUUGUAUGAAUCUAUAG